AUGUUGUCACAUGCAUGUGAUAAAAGGCCUUCCACAUACGUGGAAGUAAGUUUUUAUGGUCAUUUUAACGAUUUAUCGCGCUUUUCGAAACGGAAGUAUCGCACGAAGACAGUGCUGGAUAACGGAAUCAAUCCUAUCUACGCGAAUGAUUAUUUUGACGAGGAUUUUAAAUUUGAAAAAGUUAGAUUUUGGAUUAUAUGUUUCAUGGAAAAUGAAAUGUUCGCCAGCGAUCUGUUAACUGAAGCUCUGAUAAUAUUCCCGGCAAUGGCAUCCAUUCGUUUGGCUGUAUACGAGGAUAGUGGUCGCUUGAUCGGACAUCGCUUUUUGCAUGUGCGCUCAAUUCAACCGGGCUAUCGACACAUUGCUCUGAGAAACGCCUACGGCCGAUCGCUUGGUCCAGUUUCACUGUUUGUAUUAUUUCGUGUUCGGGAUUAUGUGGACGAGGGAAGCAUUAGUCUCGUGCAUGCAUUACAGGAUCCUAUUGGAGCGAUGAAAAAGAAACUGGACAUCGAGCAAGCAGCCUUGGCAGCACUGAUAAAUCCUAUAGAUACAAUGAAACAACGUGAAAAGAUGCUCCUUGCCCUGGAGGAAAGUGAACCUCGUUCGUUGUCCGCCGAAUCAACAGCAGACGACAUGUCCGAGGAGGGCAGGGAAUGGUUGCCUGGCAGUACCGAACGAAGACGAAGUACCGAAAGCAGUACCGAGCUAUUUUCUAAAGUAGUCACUUCGUUUUUUUCCCAAAACUGUGGAGCUCUCAAAACCUACUCUUUUUUAUGA